AUGUUUAAAGGCAUUAAUGAAGAAUAUAAAAAGGAUCUUGAAAAACUUAAUAACGGGUCUGAUUUUUACUUUUACUUUACUGAUUUAGAGUUGGUUGAGAAAAAUGACUACCGGAGAAAAUGUCGCUUAUUAUCAGAGGAGUUAAGCCAAAAACUACAUUCAAUCUAUUCUUCUUCUCACACGGGCAAUGUCCCACCCCUAAAAUUUAUUGAUUUUGAGUUAGAUAUAUAUAAUUCGAUUAAUGAUAGAUUUUUUUUCCCGAAUGAAAAUUAUCAUUAUGGUCAAUUAGCUCUUGAUCUUCCAAAUUGCAGGUGGUUACUAGGAUUAAAAAAAACAAGUAUCCAAAAUUCAGAAGUUCUUUCUGAGGGGACACUCCGAAUUAAUUUUAAGGUGGAAAUAACUUGCACAGUGGUUAAAUUUUCUUAUAAAACUUAUUCGCGUUAUGAAGAAGACAAAUUUGCUGAAAAUAAAGGUGAUGAAGUUUAUUCGACCUAUAAAUCUGCCCUACAAGAUAUCGAAAACACCAUCCAAAAUGGCAAUCUUGACUUCACUACUUUGGCUGAAUCCAUGUUAUUUCUAGGGGAAAGUUAUAUUUAUAGUCGACCAACCGAUUGUUUUUGUAAUAGUCCCGAGGAAAUGGCUCCCGACCGAAUUGCUAAAUACUAUGAAACCCACCUCAAAAAAUUUGCUUUAAUUAAAAGGAUAAUUGAUAAGUUUAACGACUAUAAAAAUCAAGUUAUUCGAGAAAUCAUUCAAAAAGCCCAAAAACAAGGUAACCGGAAAGAAAUCACUAAUUACCAAACCGACCAGUUAGAAAAAGACAUUGAAACUUUGGUAGAAGCCAAAAAGAAAUCUACCCAAGAACGCCAGCAAGCCGAAAAGAAAGCCAAAGAAAACGCUCGAAAAGAAGAAGAAAGAUUAAAAAAAGAACGGGAAGAACGAGAAAAAAAGGAAGCAGAGGAAAAGAAACAAAAAGAAAAAAAAGAGACGGAAGAAAAGGAUAAAGCAGCGAAAGAACAAGCCAAACGGCAAGAUGAGUUAAGUCCGGAAUAUCAGAAUUGGGAAAGUCAAAUCAACCAAAUAACCGAUAUUCAGCAAAUUACCCACCUCCAAGAUAGAAUAUUAGCCGAUAUCAAGGCUCGUCGAAAAGAUAAAAAAAUUGCUCAAAAAGUAAAGGAAAACCUAAAUAAAGCCCGCACCGGAACCAAAGAGGAAAAAGAACAAGCUUGA